AUGGCAUCUAAAGAUUUCAUUGAUGUUAAUUUGAAUUGCUUUUAUUCAAUACAAAUGAAUAAUGAACGUGAAGAAGACGAUGAAAUUGAUUUAACAAUUAUUCAACAUACAUCAUCCAUGGAUUCACUUGAACAAAAUGAAUCAAAUAUUCAAAAUCUUCGUUUUAUUAGUGGUUGUCACAAAUGGAUAAAUACAAAUAAUAAUAAUAAUAUUCGUGUAGAAAAAUCAUAUAUGAUUAAUAAUGAUAAUGAAAAUUUAAUUCAUGAAAAAACAUUUUCAAUAAAUAAUAAAAAUAUAAAUGAUAUUGAAGAUGAUGAAAAUACUUGUAAUUCGAAUCAAACGGAUUUAUCACUUAAUCAUUUUGAUGUACAAUUACAAGUUACCAAUGGUCAACUUGAACAAGCAACUCGUUAUGGAGUUUUUUCAUCAUUAUUAUCCAAAGAUUUAAGUUUAGUUAAAUUAGAUCAAUAUUCACAAACAAUUGAACCUGAAAUGGAUAUGGAUAAUAGAGAUGGAAAUAAUAAUUAUUAUACGAAACAAUAUAAUGGAAAUGGAAAUGAAAAUGGAAAUACUAAUAAUAAUUAUAAUAACAAUAAUAAUGAUGGUUCAUAUCGAAGAAAUCAGCAAACAAAUGGAUCAUCAGGAAAUGGUGGAAAUGGAAAUGGUUCAAAUCCAAAUCGAAAUAAUAAUAAUAAUCCAAGACGACCCAAUGAUGAUGGUAGUGGAGACAAUGGAGAUGAUGAAGAUGAAAAUGAAACCGAUGAAAGUUUAGUUCGUCGAUUAGGUUUUCGACCAAUUGAUAAUGAAAUCAUACGUUUAAUAGGUCGUAUACGUCGUUUAACAAAUAAACAAUCAUUUGAUCAACGAGAUUUUGAAAAUAUGCAAUAUUUAAUUGAUGAAUUAAUACGUUUACAACAUUUAGAAAAUAGUUCACAAGAACAUUUAGAAAAAAUUAUUCAUCAUCUUAAACUUUAUCGUGUAUUACGUUCAAAAUCUCAUGCAUUACAAUUUAUACAAGAUCGUUUACCACGACGUACAACUAAAUCUAAUAAUGAUAAUAAUUCCAAUGUAUUUGAUAUUUGGCGUGAACGAGAAAGACGUGCACGACUUGAUUCAAAAGAUAGUUUAGAAGAUGAAGGACAAAAUAUUAGUGGACAACAAUCACAAGAUAAAAUAGAAUUUAAUUAUUCAACAUCACCAACUAUUCAUUCAAAUAAUUCUAAUAAUAAAUCAAAAGUUAAACAAAUGGCAAGACAUAUUGAUACAAAAUCAGGAUCAUCAUGUACAGGAGGAGAUUAUGUAGUACGAAGUUCAUCACCAUCACCAAUAAAUCAAAAUCAAGCUUCUGAUCGUUUAUAUAGUGAAGCAUUUAUUGAAGAUCGUUCACGAACGAGAAAACAUGUAUCACCAAUAUCAUCAUCGGAACAACGUCGUGUACGACAAAUGGUUGAUCGUCUUGAAUCUUCAUCGACAUCAUCAGCUAAUCCAAGAGUAGAAAAAACAUUACCAACAACUAAAUCUUAUCAUGAAGAAUAUUCAAAUACAUCAAGAAAUGUUACAUCAUCACCAAAUGUUAAACGAAUAACAAGAAGAGAAAAUCAAGAAUAUUCUGUAAGAAAUGGAAGUAAUGGAAGUUUUGGUUUUCGUCAAAGAAGUCCACGUGAAGAUAUUCAUAUUCGAGAUAAUAAUUCAAAUAUGAGAAGAUAUGAAAUUGGACGAAACGAACCUAUGAAUUCAGGACGACAUACUACUAGUGGAACACAGAUGGACGAAUAUCCAACUUCAGUUAUUCCGGGCGCUGAGACAUCUGUUUCAAUGGUUCGCGAUAUUCGUACUCGUUUUUAUGACGAUGAUUCAACUCUAUCACGCACUUAUCAUGAUAAUAUUCCAGUUAAAGUUGAUGUUGAAACAUUGUAUAUAUUAGAACAAAAAUCUGUACCACCAACUACAAAUAUUUAUACACCUGAUUAUGGAUAUAAUCGUUCAUCAACAUUAGAUCGACAUGAUUUUGCUGCACAAACAACAAUACCAAUAGUAAAUAUAAAACCAUCUAAUCGACCAAUUGGUACACAAGUUAAUUCAACUAUUGAACAAAAUACAGUUUCUGCUCAAACAACAGAUUCAUUACAUCGACCAAUAAGAGAACGACAAUGUUUAACAGUAGGAUCUAUUGAUAAUGAUGAAGCAAGUGAACUUAUACGAACAAAAACAACAACAACAACAACAAAAUAUGAAGUAAAACGACGACAUUCAAGUCAUCAUACAAGUGAAGAUGAAGAUGAUGGUGGUACAACAACUAUUGUUUAUACGGAUGAUAAAGAAAAUUAUCAAGCAAUAACACAACCACCAAUUGAUGAUAAAAUAAAAGAAAUUUCUGACCGUACAUCAUAUACUCAAGUUUCAUCACAUGAACGUACUGAUCAAAUAAGUGAUACAAAUCGAAAUGUUGUUCGUCGUCAUAUUGAACAACAUGAUUAUAAUGAAAAUGAACAUCAUUCAUUAGAAGUUUAUGAAAUUCAUAAUCGUGGUGCAUGUAAAUGUCUUGUUGUAUCUUAUGAAGAAAAAACUCAAUAUGGUUCAGAAACACGUUUUGAAAGACAACUUCAACGUAUUGAACGUACAUAUACAGAUGAAGACUUAAAAUCAACUGAAUUACAUGUUAUUGUUACAACAUCAGAUGAAAGUUAUCAAUUAGUUCGACGUGAAUAUAGUUUAAAUAAAUAUAAUGAAGAAGAAAAAACAUAUGAUAAAACAAGAUAUCCAUCUAUAGCAAUAAAUUAUUAUACAAAAGAUGGAGUUCGAAUGAGAACAGAACAAAGUCGUAAUCUUGAAAAUUUACCUUUAUUUAUUCGUUGUGAAAUUGAAUAUGAACUUAAUCAUUAUGGUAGUGCACAAUUAAUAAUAUUAUCUGUAACAAAUGCAGAACGUCGUCAAAUGAAUAUUUCAACUAAAAAAGAAAUUGUUGAUGAAACCAUAUCACGUCUUGCUGGUCGUUUACCACCAAAUAGUCCUGAAUUAGAAAAUGAAAUUUCUCGACAAUUAACUGAACAAAUAUCAUUAUUACAUCUUGUUGAUUAUUCAUCACGUGAUGAUUAUAAUCAAACAAAUUCAACUGAUUUACGUCGUGUAUCACGUAAUGAUGUCAUAACAUCGUUACGUAUUGUUCAACGUUAUCGUACUAUUAUACAUCGUCUUUGUCAUUUAUAUCGUUCACAUCUUCGUUUAACAACUCAAGCUGAACAACAACGUUAUUUAAUAUUAGUUGCACGUGAUGAUUAUUAUUUAUUAGAUUUAGUAUCUCAAACAGCAAAUAUACCAACAAGUAAAUAUGAUAUUCAACAAGAUGAAGUAUUUCAACGUGAAGUUCAUCCUGUUCCUCAGGAACCAUUUGAUUAUGCUAAAUAUCGUCGUGAUAUUGAACAACAACAACGUAUACUUGAACAACAUUAUCGUAAAAUGCAAAAUGUUCCACCACCACAAGAACAAUCAUCCGAAGCCGAAUUUUAUCUUGGCUCUGGACGUCGUGCAUUAAUUGAACGGGAAAUUCAUUCUAUGCGUGAAUCUAUACGACCACAUGAACAUGCUCCACCACGCUAUAAACAUGAACCUUCACGUCGUUCAUUAUCAAUAAGUUAUACAGGUGGACAACGUUAUGUACGUGCACGUAUUAUUCAUGUUAAAGAUUUUUAUGAUGCAAAUCAACAAGAACAAGAACAACAACCACAAAAUGCAAAAGAACAAGAAUUAUUUGUUCGUGUUGAUGAUUAUAUUAAUGAAUCAGCAGCAAAUACUUUACGUCGUUCAUAUUCAACUGAUUAUUUACAAGAAGAUGGACCACGUUCAAGAAUUCGAUAUAUGCGUAUACCAGGAGAAACAAUUAGAAUUGAAGAAAAAACAACCUAUGAAUAUAAUGGAGUUAUGUAUGCUGAUUUACCUUAUGCAUUAAAAUAUUGGAAUAUACUUUAUAUCCUUGAUCGUGAAGCUCGCGAAGGUCGUCCACUUGGUUCAUCAUUGCCACAAGUUAUUGUCAAUGAUCCAUAUCGAACAGUGAUACCACCAUUAACUCAACAAGAAAUUCGUGCAACAGCACAACAAGUUCUUUCACCACAAUAUUAUCCGCGAUCACAUACAGAUCAAACAUUACGUUGGUUUUUAUCACGUGAUAAACGUACUGAAAUUGAAUCUGCUAAAUAUUUACAAGCAUUAAAUCAUUAUCGUCAACAACAACAACAAUAUCAGCAACAACUACAAAAACAACAAUUACUGCAACAACAGCAACAACAAGAGCAGCUAUAUCAACAACAACUAUUACAACAACAACGUCAACAAUAUGAACAACAACUACUACAACAACAACAACAACAGCAGCAGCAGCAGCAAUAUGAACAACAACUAUUACAACAACAACUACUACAGCAACCACAAUAUGAGCAGCAAAUACUACAGCCACUGCAAUAUGAGCAAGAAAUACUACAAAUACCACAAUAUGAGCAGCAAAUACUACAGCCACCACAAUAUGAGCAACAAAUACUACAGCCACCACAAUAUGAGCAGCAAAUACUACAGCCACCACAAUAUGAGCAGCAAUUACUACUGCAACGACAGCAACAAUAUGAACAACAACUACUACAGCAACCGCAAUAUGAGCAGCACCUACUGCAACAACAAUAUGAGCAACAACUACUACAACAGCCACAAUACGAACCACAACUACAACAACAACAAUAUCAGCAACGAAUACUACAUCAACAAAAGCUUCCACCAUAUUAUCAACAACAACAAGCUAAUGUUAGCGUUCAUGAUGGAAAAAUAGGUGUAGCAAAAAAAUAUUAUGUUACGGAAAAAAUUGUUCAUUAUAAAAAAUUGCCUGAUCGUUUUGUACCUGUAGUAGUUAAUGAUCGAGCACAAUCAAUCGAUAAUAUUCAUCAUCGAUCACCAUCAGCAACUCGAAUGGUUCGAGAAUCUUUUCAUUCACAAAAACAAUUACAUCAUUCACAUAAUGAAAUACAACGUUCACAAUCACAACCACGUCAUGAAUAUCAACCUUCACCAUCAACAUUUACAUCUGAUGUUCGAACACAAUUACCAUCAUCAUAUGCACCUUUAUCACGACAUCAUUCAGUUCAUGAAUUACAUAUUGCAUCAACAUCAUCUCGUGCACCAUCACCAUCACCAUCACUUCAUAGUUUGCAUAGUAAUUAUCAAUCUCAACAUCAUCGACGACCAGUUGCAUUUAAUACUCGUUAUCAAACACGAUAUCCAACACAACGACCAAUGCAACAACAACAUCAAAAUGCAUUAUUAACUGAAAUAAUUGAUAGUGGAACAGGUCAAAUGAUUUUAACGACCGGUCAAGAACAAUUACCAACAGAAGUACUAGGUCUCUUAAAUAAAUAUAAUUUACAAUAA